UUUAGCGAUACUAUUAAAUACAGUUACCUGUGGGGCUGCAAAACACGCUACUCGUCUUUUAAUGCUUGGUGGACCUUGUUUCUGGCUGGGAUUGUGACAGGCAUGUAGAUGGACAGCUAUGUCUGUGGCCUAACCGGUGUUGCUGACGUAGAAAUGAGGAGAGGCUGCUUCUACGGGACCAAGACACCGGCAUUUCUAUCUGUGGGACUGGCGGCUUGAAAUCUCCGCAGAGACAAUGUCAAAGGUUACAUUUAAAAUCACGCUUACGUCAGACCCCCGACUUCCUUACAAAGUUUUAUGUGUUCCUGAAAGUACACCAUUUACAGCAGUGUUGAAGUUUGCAGCAGAAGAAUUCAAAGUACCUGCAGCAACAAGUGCCAUAAUUACAAAUGAUGGAAUCGGGUUAAAUCCAGCACAGACAGCAGGAAAUGUGUUUUUGAAACAUGGCUCAGAACUGCGCCUUAUCCCCAGAGACCGUGUUGGCAGUUGUUAAUGUAACGGAAAACAACCCACUGCUAAAUAUGGAGUCCAUUGCAAAAAUAUAUUUAUUGAGAGACUGAAAUGUUUAUUAUAGAAUUUGUCUCUUUUUUGGGGGGGAAGUUUAAAGGGGACCCGUCACCCAAAAAAAUUAUUCAAAAUCCUAUUUUAUUACAUUAGUCAUGCAAAAUGAACUUUAAUUACACUGUAUAAAUUAUUUGAAUCUUGUUUCC